AUGUAUUAUACCCCUUGUUCAGAAGCCAGGACUGUGGGCUCCCUGGCCGGCAGUGUUACAAUAGGGGUCAGGACUGUGGGCUCCCUGGCUGGAAGUGUUACAAUAGGGGUCAGGACUGUGGGCUCCCUGGCCGGCAGUGUUACAAUAGGGGUCAGGACUGUGGGCUCCCUAGCCGGCAGUGUUACAAUAGGGGUCAGGACUGUGGGCUCCCUGGCUGGAAGUGUUACAAUAGGGGUCAGGACUGUGGGCUCCCUGGCUGGAAGUGUUACAAUAGGGGUCAGGACUGUGGGCUCCCUGGCCGGCAGUGUUAAAAUAGGGGUCAGGACUGUGGACUCCCUGGCUGGAAGUGUUACAAUAGGGGUCAGGACUGGUGUUUCUCUGGUCGGCAGUGUUACAAGAGGGGUCAGGACUGUGUGUACCCAGGCCGACAGUGUUACAAUAGGGACCAGGACUAGUCGUACCCAGGCCGGCAGUGUUACAAUAGGGACCAGGACUAGUCGUACCCAGGCCGGCAGUGUUACAAUAGGGACCAGGACUAGUCGUACCCAGGCCGGCAAUGUUACAAUAGGGACUAGGACUUGUAGGUUCAUGGUCGGCAGUGUUACAAUAGGGACUAGGACUGGUAGUUCCCUGGCUGGCAGUGUUACAAUAGGGACUAGGACUGGUAGUUCCCUGGCUGGAAGUGUUACAAUAGGGGUCAGGACUGGUGUUUCUCUGGUCGGCAGUGUUACAAGAGGGGUCAGGACUGUGUGUACCCAGGCCGACAGUGUUACAAUAGGGACCAGGACUAGUCGUACCCAGGCCGGCAGUGUUACAAUAGGGACCAGGACUAGUCGUACCUAG